AUGUCGACUCCUUCCGGAUCCCCGUCGCCGCUACAGGUGGCGGCCAACAGCUUUGUCGAUGAAACCAAGAUGCCCAAGGGACACUGCCGCUACAUCCUGCUUCUUCCCGAAAUCAAGGGCCAGCGAUGUGCCUGUGUGGGCUUUUCACUCAAUAAAGGCAUCCCAGGUGCCAGUUGUGACUGCGGUCACUUGGCGUGCUUCCACAACAAGGAGCCAGAAGUGGCCACAGACUCGAAGCAAGAGCUGGAACUCUUGAAGAAACGCAUUCAGCAGCUUGAGGAUCAGAUGACCAGAGGGCAGGAUGGUGUAACUGAAACUCUUGUCAGCAGGAUCAACGAAAUGGAGGAACACUUGGAAAAGAGCAAGGAAGAGUUCAGUGAACAGAUCAAGGGCACCUAUCGAAAUAUCACCAUCAGUUGGCGAUCCAUCGAGCAGGCCGAACAGAAGAGCAAGCAGCAGGAUGAACAGCUCCGCCAGAUUUAUGAAAAGUUGAGGGACCACAACGAACAACUCGAGAGGCUGGACGCUGGGCAGUUGGAACUCCGAGAUGCUGACCUGAGCCUGGAGGAGCGGAUCGAAAAUAUCACCGAGAUCUUGGAGGAAGAGGAGGAACGCCGAAGAUCAUCACCUGCCCGGCGUCCCAGAAGAAGAUCGACCUCCGACACAUCACGCCCAAACCUCCCUUUAGGGGAGGGGGCCGUCCCGUCAGACGACUAUCGUCGCCCAUUUCCGCCAACGGCCGGCCCCCGCAACCCAGGACAUGGCGAGGGCCUCGAACGAGGCGGGACCGCAGCGUUCCAACUGAUGAAACCCCUCCCCGUUUCUGCCCGGUCCACGGGCCCGUGGACAGUGCACAUUUCGCUCCUCCCGCAUGCGGGUGUGCCGAUGCCCUUCGAGCGGAACACCAACGCCUACCAGCGGUGUCUAUCCCGAGGACUCCACCGCAUGGUUGCAGUCCACGGACCCGACGCAGAGUCGUUCAACAGAGCGGUGGAGGAGGCAUUCGGCAGCUUCCUGAAGGGACGGGAGUGGAUGCCGCUGCAGGCGAAGCUCUGCGACGCCGAGACACUUCAGGGUCUUCCGAUGCUUCGUCAACUGGACCCUCAACUGAUUGAUCCAAAGAAAUACGACCAAGACUUCCUCCGCCACCAAUGCGGCGUCUGCGACUCCAACGGCAUCAUCGAUUCGCUGUACAUCGCCAUGAAAUCCCACACCAUUUCCUGGCACACCUUGAGGCAUUCCCCCGUCUUCAUGGCUGGUCUUGAGUCGUGCUGGGCAUACGACGCCCUUCUCGACAGAGACCAAUACGACGGCGACAUGGCUAUUGACGACGAGGACAGACCGGCAGCGGGCGAUAUCACCACCAUCUUGCCUCCAAUCCAACCGUCGCUCAAGAGGCCCCUCACCGAAAUGUCGCGGUCAAACAGCUUCAGUGCCGGCGCAGCCGAAGGGGAAGACACGCGAAAGAAGCGAGCAUGUCCAGUCCCGCCUCCUCCAGGCACCAUUGUCGAGAUCAGGAGGCGCGGUGUUGGGGCAGCGUGA